AUGAUCGCCAGGAAAAUAAGCCUUCAAAUGGUCGCGGCGGCCUUGACUGCUUAUGUUCUCUGUGCGGUGCUUAUCAGAAACCUUGGAGAUAAAUCUUUUUCCAUGUCAUCUUCCGAAUUCGCUCGGAACGCCAUGGGUGAUAGUGUCUUUGAGCAUAUCCAGAACCGCACUCUUGGGUUUGAGCAUAUCUACGCGAUCAGUAUGAAGGAGCGGACGGACAAGAGCGAUUUCCUAACACUAGCAGCCUCGAUAUCGGGGUUCAAGGUGGAAUGGCUCGAUGGAGUGCGACCCGAUGAUCUAGCUCCCAAGGCCAUGCCUGAUGGACUGGACCCCUCACUUGUGAAACCGACUGUUGUGGCAUGUUGGCGUGCACACAUGAAUGCAUUGGUCAAUGUGAUAAGUAAUGACUAUUCAACUGCUUUGAUUUUGGAAGAUGACGCAGACUGGGACGUGAAUCUCAAGUCUCAACUGAGGGAAUUUGCUCGCGGGCUACACGCUUUGAAAGGAACUAAAUUUGUAUCCAAAGAAGCUCCUUACGGAACGGAUUGGGAUCUCCUCUGGAUUGGCGGAUGUGCUUCCGGCCCGAACGCCAACGAAACAAGCUUCUACGCGAUCCCCAUGGACCCCACAGUUCCAAGGGCCCACCACCGAGCCACCUGGGGCGGACCCACCGACAAGUGGAAGGAACAAUACCCAGAACUUGCCGAAGACUCGACACGAUUUAUCUACCAGGCUGAAAUGGGCUGCUGUAUGUUUGGCUAUGCAGUUACCACCAGGGGUGCUAGAAAUAUUCUUUCCGCUCUCUCCAUCGAUUAUUUGGAUCAGGCGGUAGACAAUGCCCUGAGUGACUUGUGCGCGGGGGCUCAUGGGCGUCACAAGAUUGAAUGCUGGGCUCCAUUCCCUAACUUGAUUGGUACAUAUAGAAAGGCCGGCUCGGCUUCCCGGGAUUCAGAUAUUGAGAGCAACAGCGUGACUGAAUUCCACGAAGAGCUGGCCUGGAAUAUGGUAUACAGCACCAGGCGUAACAUACGGCAAUUAGUCGCUAGUGAGGAUAUUGUUUACUCACAAUGGAAGGAUGAAGAUGUGCCCUGGUCGAGCAAAGCGAUUAAGCACAGGGAGUUUGUUUAUCCUAGUGGAUAUCUUGUCAAUUAG